UUCCGUUUGUCCAAGUCAGUACGUGAGGCCUUUACCUUAAAGCUCAAGUUCAAUCUUUCGUCUUAAAUUAUAAUAAAUCACCAGGACUGCUGCGGACUGGGUUUGUCCAACCCUCCGAAAAUUCCUUUCAAGGGUGGCCUGCCUCCCUCCAUCCCUCUCAUUCUCCGUCUUUCUCCCUGCCUCCACUGGUUCUCUCUCACUCUGUCACACUUGUGUUCACUGCCUGGGCGAGCAGCUCAUAUGUGACAUUUCUCUUUGCAACUUUAAGCAGCUCUGUUCCCAUAUAAAAGGAGAAUAUAGAAAAGACACCUUUACCAGAACACAAGCUUCAGCUCACUUCAGCUCAUCUUCCAUCAACAAACAUCAGUUUGGACAAAUCUCUUUUCUUCCAGCCUGUCACAAUCUACCUUCUCGUCAUCAUGGAGCGCGUUCAGCACAUGACCAAGACAGCCAUCCGCCGAGCGUCUCAAAUCGAAGUGAAUCCUCAAGCCAAGAGAAACCUUCAGGAGCUGUUUGUCAACUUCACCCUCAUCCUCAUCUGUUUGCUGCUGAUCUACAUCAUUGUGCUGCUGAGCAGCUGAGAACACAGACCCAGUGGAAAAGCUUGGCUCGGUGAAGGCAGUAUAAAAAGCUCUAGAGAUUUCACCUCAUCUGUCACUUUGUCAACAAUGUUGCUUAGAUGAAGCUGAAUUUGUACAAGAACAAGAAUCAACAGCCAUCCUCUCUCUUAAAGAAACAACCGUUCUUUGGUGACAUUUUCACCAACAGUGUACAGUUCUUUUUCUGGCAAUUCUUUCACAAAGUGUUUUCAUAGUAAAUUAGAGAUUAGAAAGAGCUUCCACAUUUUCACUUGCCUGUUAUAUCAAAAGGCAGGUUCAAAAGUGUCUGUUUGUAGUUCGAAAACGUUAAAAUGCAAUGAAAUGUAAUUAUGUGACAAGCAUUUUAAUUAUUUUCAAAAAGUGUGUAAGUAAUUUUGUAUCCACUUGUAGCCUUAACAACAGUAUGUAGGGUGCUUACACUUAAAAACAUGUAAUCUAGUAAUUAAAUUCUACAUUGACCUAUAAACCAGUGCACAAGGGACUGCAGCCCAAUCUUUAAAAAUCGUGUUACUAAUAGUAAAUUUGCAUGAGACAAACAUGAACUUGGUUAGCUUGUGAAAUGUAAAAUUGUAGAACACUAUAAAGCGUGAAUACUGUAUAAUCCAAUAUGCAUAUUAUUAUGUCAUUAUUAUGUCGGAUGUUUGAAUAAUUGUGUCUCCUAUUUCAACCACAAAACCAAAUAAAUGUGCAUGACUUUUCCUUA